GUCUCCACGCGUUUCAAGAGAGGAGAGCUCCUUCUAUUGCGCAUAAUUUCUGAAUUUUUACUUUUUCUCAGAAUCGAACAGUUAUGGGAUGAAGGUUCAAAACCAGCUCUAUGUGGUCUUCUGUCUCCGCCUUGUUGUCACCAUAUGGCAGACAGACCAAGAAUGUUCCUUCGCCGCCCUCCCUGAGCUCUAUAAAUUUCCUCUCUAUCUUUUUAUACCCUCAUUCUAUAUGGAUUCUGUCAUCCCGGGUAGCGGUGCUGCAGCAGAGCUUGUGCUUAGAGCAUCCAAGCGUUUGAUUCAAUCGUUGAAGGAUAUAUGGCCCAGCUGUUGUCUUCAAGAAUUACAUAUUGGCGACAUGUCUGCCGAACUUGAGCAGGGAGAGAUAGGCACUCGGUCUAGCGACGAUGGAGGCUUUCCACACCUGUACGAAUGUGUCUUUCUUCUUUUCGGCAGAGCGAGAGUCGGUUGAAGUGUUUACCAUUUAUGGACAGUUGCCUCCGGAUAUGGAAUCUAUCAUACCUAAAAUAUAAGGUGCCAAGUACUUGCUAAUAUUGCGCUUUCAAUAUGGAGAGAACUUACAAUACAGGUACAACAAUAAA